CAUCGACAGCAACAUGGCGGGGGGCUCGUGGGUGCCUUUUGGGGGGCCCUCACCCCAAAUAAUCCGCUCGGGUUGGGUCAGGGCUGGGGGGGCUGUCCCGGGGGGGGCAGUGGGGUGCGUGGGGGGGUGUCUUUGCCUGUCCCCCCCCCGCCAUGGAGGCGGCGGCGGAGGGGAAAUGACGGCGGCGCUUCCUGGGGCGGCGAAGGCCCGAGGCCUGGCGUGGGCCCGGCCGCCAUGGAGUCCCAGCCCGGCCCCCCCGCCGUGGAGCCCCUGCCCGGCCCCCCCGGCGAGGUGGCCCCCCCCGGCCCCCCCGGCCCCCCGGACCCCCUGGAGCUGCGCCUGGGGCGGCUGGAGGAGGAGCUGGCGCUGGUGAAGGCGGCUUUGUCCGAUGCCCUGCGACGCCUCGGCCUCUACGACCAGCACCUGCCCCGGCUCCUGCGGCACCUGCCCCACGCACCCAAUGGCGCCAUCCCGGAGCCCUGCCUGCACCUGGACCCCGACGUGCCCCCCCCAGCCCCCCCUGAACCCCCCCAAGCCGUCAGCGUGGGGACACAGACGGAGGAGACCCCCCCAACCCCAGAGGCGCCGAGAGCUGGCGGGGACCAGGGGACCCCCCAGGAGCCACCCCCCCCGGGGUCCCCCCCCUGCCCCCCGGGCCCCCCCCCGGCCUCCCCGGAGCCCCCCACUCCCGAUUCCCCCCCGACGGCCCCCAGCCCGGCCCCCCGGGGUGCCCACAAAGAGCUCCUGCGCAGACACAGCUCCUCCUCUGGCAGCGCCAGCCCCCGGCAGCGCCUCAGCAGGAAAGCGGCUUCAUCCGCCAACCUCCUGCUGCAGGCGGGGAGCCCCGAGAGCCGCCCGAAGGAGCCCACCCUGAGCCCAGGGUCGCGCCGUGGGAACUACAACCUGGAGGGGGUGUCGGUGAAGAUGUUCCUGCGGGGCCGCCCCAUCACCAUGUACGUGCCCUCGGGGCUGGGCCCCUACGGGGGGCUACGGGCCGAGCUGCCCCCCGAGCGCCUCCAGCUUGACUGGGUCUACGGGUACCGGGGCCGGGACAGCCGCUCCAACCUGCACGUGCUGGCCUCGGGCGAGCUGGUUUACUUCAUCGCCUGCGUCGUCAUCCUCCUGCACGUCCCGCGCCGCCGCCAGCGCCACUACCUGCGCCACAGCGACUGCGUGCGCUGCCUGGCCGUGCAUCCCGACCGCCUCCGCGUCGCCACGGGGCAGGCGGCUGGCGUGGACAAGGAUGGAAAGCCGCUGCAGCCCGUCGUGCACAUCUGGGACUCGGCCACGCUCCUCACGCUCCAGCAAAUCGGCCUCGGCAGCUUCGAGCGCGGCGUGGGCUCCCUCGCCUUCUCCACCGCCGACCAGGGUGCCUUCCUCUGCGUGGUGGACGACUCCAACGAGCACAUGAUGUCGGUGUGGGACUGCGCCCGCGGCACCAAGCAGGCGGAGGUGAAGAGCACGAACGAGUCGGUGCUGACGGUGGAGUUCAACCCCCAGGACAGCGGCAGCAUCAUCACCAGCGGCAAAUCCCACGUCUACUUCUGGACCUGGAGCGGGGCCACCCUCACCAAGAAGCAGGGCAUUUUCGGGAAGUACAAAAAGCCCAAGUUCAUCCAGUGCUUCAUCUUCGACGCCGCUGGGGAUGUGCUGACGGGAGACUCCGAAGGCAACAUCCUCACCUGGACCCGCGCCGCCGGGGACGGCCGCGCGCCGGGGAAAGGUGGCAAAGAGACGUACCAGAUCGGGCAGCAAACCCGGGCGCACGAAGGCAGCAUCUUCGCCCUGUGCCGCCGGCGAGACGGGACGGUGCUGAGCGGCGGCGGAAAGGACCGGAGGGUGGUCUGCUGGAGCCCCGCGCUCGCCCUGCUGCAGGAGGCCGAGCUCCCCGAGCGCUUCGGGGCGGUGCGGACCAUCGCGGAGGGACCCGGGGACGAGCUGCUGGUGGGGACAACCCGCAACGCCCUAUUGCGGGGGACGCUGGACGCUGGCUUCACCCCCAUCGUGCAGGGACACACGGACGAGGUGUGGGGCUUGGCCACCCACCCCAGCUCCUGCCUCUUCCUCACCUGCGGCCACGACCGGCAGCUCUGCCUGUGGGACGGGCAGGAGCACGCCCUGGCGUGGAGCCUGGCGCUGGAGGACACAGGGCUCUGCGCUGACUUCCACCCGGGGGGGCAAGUGGUGGCCGUGGGGCUGCUGACGGGGCGGUGGCUAGUGCUGGACACGGCAACUCAGCAGCCGCUGGCCGGGGGCUGGGACGGGAACGAGCAGCUCUCGGUGGUGCGGUUCUCCCCAGACGGCUCCUUCCUGGCCAUCGGCUCCCACGACAACUUCAUCUACAUCUACAGCGUCACCGAGGGGGGCCGCAAAUACACCCGCUUCGGCCGCUGCACAGGCCACUCCAGUUUCAUCACCCACCUGGACUGGUCCAAGGACGGCCGCUUCAUCAUGUCCAACUCGGGGGACUACGAGAUCCUCUACUGGGACGUCGCCGGGGGCUGCAAACUGCUCCGUAACCGCUUCGAGAGCCGGGACCGGGAAUGGGCGUCCUACACCUGCGUCUUGGGCUUCCACGUCUUCGGCGUCUGGCCCGAUGGCUCGGAUGGCACCGACAUCAACUCCCUGUGCCGGUCCCACCACGAGCGGGUGGUGGCCGUGGCCGACGACUUCUGCAAAGUCCAUCUCUUCCAGUACCCCUGCGCCCGCCCCAAGGCGCCCAGCCACGUGUACGGGGGCCACGGCAGCCACGUCACCAACGUCCGCUUCACCCACGACGACGGCCACCUCGUCUCCCUGGGGGGCAAGGACACCAGCGUCUUCCAGUGGCGGGUGCUGGGGGGGCCACCCCCACCCUGCCCCCGCUCGCCCUGUACCCCGGAGCCCGGGGGGGACCCCGAGCCCCGCUGAGCCCCCCCCCCCCCCCCCUUUUUGCUUCCUCUUCUGCCUCCUCUUCCUGCGGGACCAAAGGGGGGGGGGGUUCUGUGUGUGUCCCCCCCCCACGUUUUUAUGCUGCACUGUGAGAGGCAUCAAUAAAGCCUGGGGUCAGGGGCCUGCGCUCCGCCUCUCUCCCGGC